UAUAAUCACGUGACAUACUUCCAACCCUGGGACGCCAUUUUGGAGGAAAGUUUGGAAUUUCUGACACAUAGGAAGAAAAAAAAGAGGAGGAGAUAACGAAAGAAGUUUGACGUUUAGGAAAACAAUCCUUAUUGCGCCGAAGGCGAAGAAGAAUGUAGCAAACUGCGGACGUGAGGAUUUGAAUCGCUUGUGUUCACACUGAGCCCUUGCAAGCAAACGGCAGGGAGGUGUAUAUUUGCAGUUUGGGGAGUUUUUGGAAGCCCUCCUGCAACUGGCGGCGACAUAUGUUCAGUUUUUCCCCCGCAGACGCGGAGCAGAUUGGCGGUGGAGGCUGAGUCGUAGCGUCUGUGUGUCUUUUGAAUGGAAGCGCAGGGCUGUCAGUAGAGUAACGUUAGCUCAAUUCUGUGGUGUCGCGCGACUGUCAGGUUGAAGAAGUGCAGCUCUCGCUCUACUCUAAAGACCCAACGGCUCAUUUUCAUAUCAGCCUGAAGCGUCCCCAUGUUUACCGGAUAAACAUUUGAGUUUCAUGCCAACUGCGUCUGACUUACUCCUCGUAGACACUCUGGACGGACUCGUGUAAGGGAGAGGAGCGUUUUAAUAGCGCGUGUAUUGUUAAUUUCUAACGCGAGCUCUGCUGGAUUUGUUAUCGUGCAAGAGCUCCGGCGAAACAUGCCAGUAAGGAAAAAAGAUGCACAGAGGGCUCUUUUACUGCUGGAGGAUUACCGGUCAAAACUCAGUAACACUGAAGACAGACAGCUGAGAAACUCCAUCCAGAGAGUCAUUGACAUCUUCCAGAGUAACCUCUUCCAAGCGCUAAUAGAUAUCCAGGAAUUUUAUGAAGUGACCUUAUUGGAUAAUCAGAGAUGUGGGGAAUCAGUGAAAGUGCCAGAUGCAAUACCCCCAGUAAACCUGUGGGACUUCUCCAGCAUUCAAAGCACAACGGUGACUUCAGACACCCUGCCCAGCCUUAGCACCAGCAUAGAGGACUCUCCCCUUCUAAAUGAAAUCCUUCAUGUGCUCGCUAAAGCAAAAUCCUCAGCCAGUGAGCUGGACCAAAAGUACAGACACCAUGAUGAAGACACAGGAUCUCCACAGGAGCAGAGCUCGCCACAGAUCACUGAUGAGGCUCCUGGGCCAGAGCUGGUUCAGGUGGCUGAGAAGAACCUCUCCCAGAUUGAAAACGUCCACGGUUAUGUGGCACAUGCACACAUCUCCCCAAUGAAGGUUGAGUCGCUGGAAUGCAUCUUCGAUGGGCCGUCCACUGUAGGGAACGAGGAGAGUCCUCCGCCUCCUACUACUCCUCUCUCCAACCCGUACGCUCAAAGUCCUGUGACCGUCCAGCAGACAGAUGUUGUACCACCCUCCACUCUCAUAAUCCCUGUGAUCCCAAUCUCCACUGUCCCUGCGGAGCCCGCUGUCAUCUCUUCAUCAACGUCACAGGCAAAUCCUCCCCCUGUUGUCGUAAAUACAGAGAGCUUGGAUUCAGCUCCAUAUGUUAAUGGUACUGAGGCUGACUUUGAGUAUGAGGAGAUUACACUGGAAAGGGGUAAUUCAGGCCUGGGCUUCAGUAUCGCUGGUGGCACAGAUAACCCUCACAUUGGUGAAGACCCCAGCAUUUUCAUCACCAAAGUCAUUCCAGGGGGUGCUGCCGCUCAGGACGGGAGAUUGCGGGUGAAUGAUGUGAUUCUGCGAGUGAAUGAGGUUGAUGUUCGGGAUGUGACUCACAGUAAGGCUGUGGAGGCAUUGAAGGAAGCGGGGUCACUGGUCCGACUGUAUGUUAGGAGGAGAAAGUCUGCAUCAGAGAAACUCAUGGAGAUCAAGCUUAUCAAAGGACCCAAAGGUCUGGGUUUCAGUAUAGCAGGGGGUGUUGGGAAUCAGCACAUCCCAGGGGACAAUAGCAUCUACGUCACUAAGAUUAUUGAAGGUGGAGCUGCACACAAAGAUGGGAGGCUGCAGAUAGGAGACAAACUUCUUGCUGUGAAUAGCUCCUGCCUGGAGGAAGUUACCCAUGAGCAUGCCGUGACUGCCUUGAAAAAUACCCCAGACGUGGUCUACUUGAAAGUGGCUAAACCCAAUAGUGUCUUCAUGAAUGACAGUUUUGCCCCUCCUGACAUCACCAACUCCUAUUCGCAACACAUGGAAAACCAUAUCAGUCCUCCAAGCUAUCUGAGCCAGCCGCUGCCUCCGGUGCAUUCCGGACGCUACUCCCCGACCCCAAAAACCAUGGUGGGAGAUGAUGAUGUAACCAGGGAACCCAGGAAGGUGGUGUUGCAUCGAGGCUCUACAGGGCUUGGCUUCAACAUAGUAGGUGGAGAAGAUGGAGAGGGCAUAUUUAUUUCCUUCAUCCUGGCCGGAGGCCCUGCAGACCUCUGUGGAGAAUUGAGGAAAGGAGACCGCUUGGUGUCUGUGAAUGGAAUAGACUUACGCGGUGCCACUCAUGAACAGGCCGCUGCAACCCUGAAGAACGCCGGACAAACAGUCACCAUCGUUGCCCAGUACAGACCAGAGGAGUACAGCCGUUUUGAAGCCAAGAUCCAUGACCUAAGAGAGCAGAUGAUGAACAGCAGCAUCAGCUCAGGCUCAGGGUCCCUGAGGACCAAUCAGAAGAGAUCACUAUAUGUCAGGGCACUGUUUGAUUAUGAUAAAACUAAGGAUUCUGGGCUGCCCAGCCAAGGCCUGAACUUCAGAUUUGGGGACAUACUGCAUGUGGUGAAUGCUUCAGAUGAUGAGUGGUGGCAGGCACGGCAGGUCACUCCUCAAGGAGAGGUGGAGGAAAUGGGUGUUAUCCCCAGCAAGAGAAGAGUGGAGAAGAAGGAGAGAGCAAGGUUAAAGACAGUUAAGUUCAACCCCAAGUCGCGAGAAAAAGGGUCCCUCAAUGACAAGCGUAAAAAGAAUCUGUUUUCCCGCAAGUUCCUUUUCUACAAGAACAAGGAGGCGAGUGAGCAGGAAACAAGCGAUGUGGACCAGCAUGUCACCUCUAAUGCCAGUGAUAGUGAGAGUAGUUACCGUGGUCAAGAGGAAUAUGUGCUGUCUUAUGAGCCAGUCUGUCAGCAGGAAGUGAACUACUCACGACCAGUGAUUAUCUUGGGUCCGAUGAAAGACAGAGUAAACGAUGACCUGAUUUCGGAGUUCCCUGACAAAUUUGGUUCCUGUGUUCCUCAUACAACAAGGCCGAAGCGAGAUUAUGAGGUGGACGGGAGAGACUACCACUUUGUUGUUUCUAGAGAGCAGAUGGAGAAAGACAUACAGGAGCACAAGUUCAUCGAGGCAGGCCAGUACAACGGUCACCUGUAUGGAACCAGUGUGCAGUCUGUCAGAGAGGUGGCAGAAAAGGGCAAACAUUGCAUUCUAGAUGUAUCAGGCAAUGCCAUAAAGAGACUGCAAGUUGCUGUGCUUUACCCCAUCGCUAUUUUCAUCAAACCAAAAUCAAUGGAGAACAUCGUGGAGAUGAAUAAAAGACUGACAGAGGAACAAGGCAGGAAGACAUACGACAGAGCCAUGAAGUUGGAACAGGAGUUCAUGGAGCACUUCACAGCUAUUGUUCAGGGGGACACUUUGGAAGAGAUCUACGAUCAAGUAAAGCAGAUAAUUGAGGAACAGUCUGGGCCAUACAUAUGGGUACAGUCCAAGGAGAAACUUUGAACGCCUUCAGGAGUUUAUCAUCCCCCUUUCUCUGCCUGGUUUAUUUAUUGAUUCUGUAUUCUUUUUCUUUUUGGUAAUCUCAGCUGGGCUUCUCCAUCUGACAGAAUUCACUCAACAGAUUAAUUCCUUAAUCCAGCAUACUUCAAUCUCUGUUCAGUCCUAUAUCUUCACCUGCUACUUAUAGUUCAAGAGAAGAUGAUCUGUCCUCCUCAGAUCUUUACUGCUUCCACGCUUACAGAAAGCAAAGCUAUGCCAGACCAGCAUGUUUACCAGGGGUUUGGAAACGGUACAGUUCCUUAAUGUUUAAGGGAGGUUACUUUGUAAGUACAAAGACAGCGAUCUGGAUUUUCUGAUAAGUCUCUUUUCAUUUUACCCGCUCUCUUGUUUUUUGGAAAUGGUAACAUGGAGCUCAAGUCUCAGGCAUCGGAUUCAUUACAAUGAUGAGAAACACACAAAAAAAGCAAAACUUUGCACGUUGUAGCUUCUAAGACCAGGUGUUCUUCAGUCCUUUUUUCUCAUUGUUCAUUUCCAUCAUAGUCCCGUAUGUUCCACACGUUGUUGAUUUUCUUUUUACCUCUCCCUUGACUGUUGUAUUGGCAUGCUUCUUGUUCUGAUUAUCAUUCUGAUUGUCUGCGUUAUGGAGCCAUUGUGUUUAGAUGAUGUCCCGUUGCACAGAUGUGAGACGUGUGCCGCCACUGUUAGAAUGUCUGUUCCAAGAGUCUACAAUCAGUGUCUUACACAAAGUAUGUGUUUUCAACACUUUGAUUUACAUUUAGGAAAGUCUGCCAUUUGUAAGGAACUGAUAUUUUUAAGGGGCAAUAAAAUGCCACCGCAUAUGUGGAAGAAAUUUAUUGUACAAUGAGAUCUUAACAGAUAUUUAACCCUCCAUAAACUGCCUAUUUUGUUAUAAUAAAAGUCUGUAUUGAGCUUUACUUAAACACUAUUAUGAUGGGAGUUAUUUUCUUGACAUCGUAAAAUGUAUAUUAGAGCAAGAGAUUUAAAUGAUAUAGUAUGAAUAUAUUUUUUCCCCUUUUUCUGUUACCACCCUUUAUUUUCCUAAACUGAAACAACUGACAAGAUGCAGGGCAGUGAGGGGAAUGUGGAGAAAACAGCCUAGCGGAUGAUUCAUAUGCUAUUUGAAGCUAGUUCUGUCUCUUCCUCUCCUCUGCUCACCAUUUCAACAUCAUCUGCUCUGAGAGCGCUACAUCAGAGUCGUCAUGUGUGGAGAAGAACGUUCCAUCCGUCCCCCUCUCAGACACAAACCGUCUCACAGGGCUGACGAAGCUUUUGCGCAGAGCUGAUGUUAUCCAGCUAGAAGCUCCACAGAGACUCCUUUUUUUCUAAACCCGUUGGAGAGGGGGUCUCGCCUGCUCUUCCUAUGACAUGAUUGUUUUGUAUACGAAGACUGCUUGUUCUACCACCUCACCACCUCUGCUUUUCGGGGACAUUUUGGGACUGGAAAAAAGAAACAUGUAAAUAACCUACUGAUCUGUUUCAUUCCAUUGAUCAAAACGAACAAGAGAAUGGCUAAUUCAAGAAAAAUAAAACAAAAUCUUUCUCAUACAGCA